CCUUACUUAGCUGUAUCUGGUGUGCUGCACAGACACUAUACAGACAGCGGGCCUGUCUUGUCCUGUUCUCUCACAGACAGUGUAGUCACUCAGUAAAUGUCACCCAAACUCACAGAACUCUCCGCACUGACCGACCCAGCACGAUAUCUCACUGCGCACGCGCACUGCGUGCCAGAACCGUCAUCACCCACGUGAUGUACGUACAGCUCCUGUCGCUAUUGGUGCCCGCUGCAGUUCGAUGCAGUCUUGCUUUACGGCCAGAUUUACAUCCGGGGUCGAGCGGCCAAUAAGGGAGGACUGAGGACAAGCCGCUAAGGUGACAGUAAAAAUGGCGGCGCCCUGCACUGCCAUUGGCCGGGUCUGGUCUCGCAGACUAGGAUGGAUGUCAGUGACCGAGAGUGCCCGGAGCUCUCGGAGACCUCAGUCCUCCCCGGGAUCGGCUAGCAGGCUGGGCUGGAGAGCCUACACCGCACAGAGCUCCACCGGGGAGCCUGUUACCCACACCGGCCAGGUCAUGUUCUGCCCCCUCUCUGUACUCUGCUGUAAAUAGAUACAUUGUGUUUGUCUGAAGCCAGUCCAGCCUGUAUAGAAAUUACAGAAAUAAUAUUAAUCAGCUUAAUUAAUAUCUGGGGGAGUUAUUGAUCGUGUAGCAGUAAGUAGGGCAAAUUGGUUUGUUGGACAUACAAGAGGACAAUUAAUGUGUAACUUUAAGAAUUUAAAAAUCUGAUUAUCAGCAAUAUCCAGUUACAGUAUAUGAUCAUACAUUGCAUAAGCCUGCCACAACGCCAAUGUACCCCAUCUUUGGCAGGCCAUUUAGCAGACAGAGUAGGACCUGCCAAAGAUGGGGUACAUUGGCGUUGUGGCAGGCUUAUGCAAUGUAUGAUCAUAUACUGUAACUAAACCCCCAUUAUAUUUUUUUGCCUAGAUUAGGUGUUUUUAAUAAAACUGAAAAUUGUUCAGCAUUAAAAUGACUGUUUAGUAGAUAACUAUUUUGUUAUUUAGGCUCCUUGCAUUAGUAAGCAUACAUUUAAUAUAAUGCGUCACUUGUAUAUUUUGUGAAUUAUCAUCAUUACAUAGCUUCUCUGUUCUGAGCUUGCCCCUCCACCCCCCUUAUACUGUGCUAAAGCCCAUCUCCUUUCUGUCCUAUCUCCAUUUUGUAGAUUGCUAUGACCCUCCCCACCCAUUACUAGUUUAAAAUCUGCUACAACCUUCUAGCUAUCCUAUCCCCCAGCACUGCAGACCCUCUCCCGUUUAGGUGCAAUCCAUCACCACUAUAAAGGUUGUACCCAAUCGCAAAGUCGGCCCAGUGCUCUAAAAACCCCAAACCCUCCUUCCUGCACCAAGACUUAAGCCACGCAUUGACCUCUCUAAUCUCCCGCUGCCUUUCCACUGUAGCGCGGGGCACAGGUAAUAUCUAAGAGAAUACCACCUUGGAGGUCCUUUUCUUAAGUUUGCUACCUAAUUCCCUGAAAUCUUCCUCUUAAUUUGUCAUUAGUACCAACAUGGACCAUGACCGUUGGGUCAUCCCCAGCCCCUCCCAAUAAUCCAUCCACUCUGUCAGCAACAUGCCGGACCCGAGCACCCGAGACAUCAAACUGUCCGGUUGAGCCAAUCAGAGCGGCAGAUUGCCUUAUCUGUUCUCCUAAUGAUAGAGUCCCCUACCACCACAACCUGUCUUGCCUUCCUUACAUUUUGAUCCUCACCCGUACUAGGGGGGCUGUUAGAAGUAACAGCUUCCUCUAAUACAGCUACUCCUGAGCUGAUGCUCCCAACAUCUUCCCUCAAACAGGCAAAUCUGCUAGGUUGCGCCAAAUCAGGACUAACUAGCCCUUUCCUCUUCCCUCCCCCCCGCUUCCUUGGCCCACUGUCACCCAGCUACAUGCCUAUUCUCCAUCUGUCUUAUCUCCUCCCUCUCCACUACCUGUCCCCACUAAACUCUGCUCAGUGAGCAGCAGACUCCUCUCAAGAUCUCCAAUCUGAGCUUCCAGAGAAGCCACUCGCACACAACCAUCACAGAGGUAUGGACCCUGGACGGGUACAUCCAGGCAUCCAUACAUGCAACAAGAUGUGCAUGGAGUCAAACCAGCAAUCUUGCUAACACUCAUUUCCCCAGAAACAGAACAAUAGAACAAUUACCUUGUUAGUUUAAACCCCUUGUUAGUUUGAACUCCUGGUUUUCUAACUCCUACUUGAAAGAGUCUACUUAAUAGAGUCUGCUUUCAAGUAAUGUGAGCCAAAGGUUCUGCUAAAGAUGGUUGCAAUUUUGAGUGCAUGGUUCCUGAGAUUAAGAGAUGUCUCAGAGGCUCAGAAAUUAGUAAGGCUGCUUGAUUUGAAUGCUUCUUUCAGAGAGUCACAAAUCUGUAGUUGGGCCAAUUCCAUUUGGUAAAUCGGAUCAACAAUUUCAAUGUCAACAGAAAAUGGGUUCCGGCAAAAGCUGUAUGUCCUGUUCAUGGAGAUGAAGCUCUUUAAAUCUAAUUGGAAACUCCUUUUUUAUUUCUGGUACAUCCAUACAUGCUUUGUUUGGGAAUGCAACUGCUGGUUUUUCCACCAACAGGUUUUGAGUUGUGGGGAGAAGACAGAAGUUUUCCUCCUUCACUUAUUUAAUGGGGAGGUCUAAUUUUACUUGAAAUGCUUUUACAUGUGAAUACAUAUCACAGAUGAGCUUCCCCUUAAUGUGAAGUUGAACAUUAAAACUGUUGAGUAGCUCUGUUACAUCUGUCAGAAAGUCAAGGUGCCAUUUACAUUCUGCAUCCUUGAACUCUGGUACUUUUGUUUUUUGAAAGCAGAAAGCUGUGGAAGUAAGUCAUAAAAACGUUUCAAAACUCUCCCUCGACUCAGCCAACGGACUUCUGUGUGGUACAGAAUAUCUUCAUAGGCAACAUUUAGCUCAGACAGAAAUUCCUGAAACUGUCUGUGGUUUAGUGCAUGAGCUCUAAUGACGUUAACAGACGCGCUAUGAGCUUGGCAACUUGAAAACUUGCUCGCAAUGAUAUAUUUAGCUGCUUUUGCUUCACAAAAGUAUUUUGCUGUGUUGUCAAUCCAUUUUUUAGUUUUAAUAUUUUCUUUUCUCACUUGUCCGACCAAACAAUAAUUUAUCUUUAUGUUGAGUUUCGUAGUGUCGACGCAAAUUGUAUUCCUUGAACACAGACACUAAAUUCUGGCAUAUCAGACAAACCACUCUUUCUUUGUACUACGUGAAAAAGUAAUCGUAAGUCCACUGUUCUUUGAAUACCCUGCACUCAGAGUAAAUUUUUCUUUUGUUUUGACAUAAUGAUUUCCUAGGGAUUGAAAAUUGCUAUUGGUAAAAUUACAGAGCUACAAAAAUAAUAUACCAGCAAUAAUGACUAAACUAUAAAAUAAAAAAUAUCAGCGCUCAGCAGUAACGCACAAGCUCACUCACUAGCAGGCGCGCACACACACACACACACAAGUUCACUCACUAGAAGGCACGCACACACACACAAGUUCACUCACUAGCAGGCGCGUGCGCACACACACACACACACACACACAAGCUCUCUCACUAGCCGGCACUUAUCACAGGUGUAGGUGAGAGGUGGCCCAAGUAUGCUAAUACUAUUAAAUUGACCAUAGCAAUUUCAGUUUAGAGCCGAGAAGACUGAGUUGAUCACCAUCCCCAUGGGAACUGGCAGUAUUUUGACGCAUCUGGCGAAACCUUGAAUCUAAAAGGGAGGGCUGUGUAUUAAAUAUGUGAUGUGCAGGGAAGGGGGCGUUCAUUUAUAUGGCUUGUGGUUUCUGGAAGACCUACUCAGACACAAUAUAUAUUUAAUAUAGAUUUGAAUAUCUUUAUACAUAACUUAAAAACAAAUCGACAAGCAUUUUAUCAAUAUCAACGAUCAUGAGGAUACAGAUUGCCAUUAUAACCCACAGUUGAAAUAUUGUCUGUUCUAUCUCCAUGGUGCUCACUCCAGUACAAGUAUAUAAAUAUGUGGUGGACCUACAUUCAAACAAACAUAAAUAUAUAUGUUUAACUAGUUCCAUAACUAGGAUAUGUGUUUUGGAUAGUAUCAUAAACAGUCCAUCAUUCACACAAACAUACAUAUGUGCAGAGACUCGUAUACAGUAGUAUAUAGUUGGAAGUGCUGGGUAGAAGAUUUCUAGUGAUGCCAUGCUCGGAUGGAAGAGACUCUACCAGGCUCUGCUGUGUUUAGGCAACAAGCCAGGAGCCUGUGACACUGUGAGACUUCUAGUGUCGUGAUGUAGUGUAGAAGUGUAAGGCAACAAUGAAGCUGUCAUUGACACCGUGGAUUUGUUGCACGUAAUUGAAAGAAGUAGAGUAUCUUAAGGUACUUUGGACACUUAUAAAUACAAUAGUGAAGAGUACUCAGAGACUUAAGUAUGAUCAUACGUUUGUUGGAGAGCAUUGGUUUUAUUUCUUACCUGUGACCUCUAGUUUAACAAUACCCAAGUUUUAAACUGAUAAAGUACCUCUGCUAUGUCAAAAAGAACUCAUUGUCACUUUUUAGUGAACAUGUAAAAAAAAAUGUAAGCACCAUAAACUAGUGGCUAUGGUGCCGUGAAUGCUCUGGCACCUUCCUAGGGAAAAUAGUGAAAUGACUUACAAAUGGAUUGACAGCAUUUUUGGGGCCUACGGAUUGCCUACUCCUCCUGUGGCGCAGGGAAUUGCUUAUUUGUCGACUGCUCAAAUUACCUAAUUUGCACUGCAGGGUUUAGCUCCAUAAGCUAAUGGAAGUUCCUGGAAGGAGCUUCUGGAUCCAAAAGAGGCUGUGACAGGCAACUUUAAACCCAAUUGACUAGUUUCCUUGGGAGAGUGGCAGUUGUUGUGGUGCAUUGUGUGUUCCUUUAAUCUAAAACUCAUGCUAGCAACAGUACUAGUAUGUGUGUGUAUGUGUGUGUGUGUGUGUAUAUGUGUGUGUGUGUGUGUAUAUGUAUAUGUAUGUGUAUAUAUAUAUAUAUAUAUAUAUAUAUAUAUAUAUAUAUAUAUAUAUAUAUAUAUAUAUAUAUAUAUAUAAAUUUUAUAUAUAUAAAAAACAUUUUUAUUUUGUGGCUAUAUUACUGUUGCACUCUAUUAAAUAUUAAAAUUAUUUCAGGUUUUUGAUGAGCACGACUACAGAAAAGUACGAUUUGUUGGGCGUCAAAAAGAGGUAAGCACAGAUAUUUUAUGGUGAUUCUUCUCAAUGAAAUUUUUUUUUUUUUUUUUAUAUAUAUAUAUAUCUCUUCAGUUUUCCACUGAAUAGCCUCUUCUUACAUCAUAACAUACUGUGAUAUCAUGGUGGUUUUCACUUGCAGUACAUUUAAUCAUUUAAUCUGCAUACUAUGUGCACUUACAUAAAAAUAUAAACCCACUGAUUUAUAUCAAGGUGAAUUCUUGAACACAUUCUUGUCCUCUGUGUGGCUAUAUGUCUGAAUCUGUCAGGGUUAUUCACUAAACUUUUGCAUUCAUGUGGCUCUGUCAUCUCCACUUAACUUUCUCCUAUACACCAAAUUCCACAUUUCCACAAAUUUAAAUCUGAAUGGAAAAGCAGAGGCAAAGGUUAUGACUACAGCUAACUUUGAGAUUUUUUUUUUUUUUUUUUCAGAUCUGCUUUUUUGUUUCUUUGUUUCAGUUUUUGUAUUUGAAUUUACGGUAAUUUGCAAAAAGUUUGUUUAGUGAAUAACCCGGUCAAUGCUCAAAUUUGUAGACAGGUGCCUCUUUCUGAAAUGAUUUUGUUUGUCAGGACAAGUAGGUUGUCAUGAUAGAUAAGUAGAUUGAGCUAUCACUUUAGUCCUUUGGAAAAGUAUAUAUUUUUUUUUUAAUUUUUUUUUUGAAUUUAAAAAAAAACAAAACAUUUUUUCAUUGUUUAUUUAAAGUUGUAUAUAUGUAUAGUCCUCAUCCAUCGUUAGACUUGUCUACCAAAAUUUUAGAUACAGAUAAAACAUACAGUGUGACAGCCAUUACCUUAAUAUAGUACAGUUAAAGGGAUUCUAUAGUGUUAGGAAUACAACCUUGUAUUCCUAACACUACAGUGCCCUCUAGUCGUCCCCUCCCCCCCCCCAGGCAUUUAAGGGUAAAAACCCUUUAUCACUUCGCCAAUCUCACCCCCACUGGAUGACACCCUGACUGGAUGCCUCCUAGUAUCCCCGAGUACUUCCAAGCACUCCACCAGACACCAUAGCCACCGCAGACCCUUAGCCGCCGAAGCUUCACUGGGGUCUCGCCGUUCUCCACCCACCCAGGACCCAAGUCAGGGAUCCAGCUUCCAGUGGGUAGACCUCUCCUCCUCCAGAGAGUAUAGCAGGAUAGCCAUUACAAGAGCUAGUGAUGAAGCUGUUCCCUUCAAGCACGAGACAAAGUUCUGUGUUGAGGGUGAAGUAGAACUGUUUAAUGGCAGCCACAACUGGCCUUAUAUGCAAGUCCCCAUGCAAGUGGUUUUCCGUAACACAUCCAGGGGCAUUCCCCAUUGGAUCUGAGAGGGGACUGUGACAAAGUACACACUGUAAUUACAUUGGCUCUCAGGUCCAGGACACUCCCACACAAAACAGGAUAAUCCCUCCCCUGUCCCUGAGAGAUAAUUGAGUCAGGAACUGUACUAAACUCAAUUAUCUCCAGGCACAGAAAACCUAUAUUUAACAAUAACCCGAAAAUACUCCCAAAACACAUGGAAACCCCACAAACGUCCCCUGAUAGCCCCGAUCUGAGGAACCAACAUAUCUAAAAAUCACCCAGAUCGGUUCAGGGGUUUGGGAUUUCCAUGGAAGUCAUAAUUUGACCGACUGCACACGAGGCUCCUGCCCAACAUAGUUCCAGAGAAUCAGUGCUUCCGGAUACCGAACAUAGUCUUACCCUGGUGCUUGUUCCCCUCAUCCAGACUAUCGAUUCCACCGAACCGUGACCUUCUAAGUUGUGUAGAACUGAACACAGGCGAUGUUGAAAGUCUGCAGCUGAAAACAAGUUACUCGGGUUGUGUUCUUCAAAUUUUUUAUCUAAUUUGACUGGAGGCAGUACAAGUAUAUAAAGUGUGUCAGUAGUCCCCAAAAAAGCAUUCCUUCUUUACCAUUUACAAAGUCUAGACUAGUGUUUGAACAGUGAUACCUGAUAUCUGCACAGAGUUAUAAGCACAUAGGGGAAAGGGGAUCUUUGCAGCGAGAUUUCAGUUUCUAGGCAGACAGGAUGCCACAGUGGUCCUCCUCAUACUGCUUGUAAUCUUUGGUGCAUAUUUUUCAGCAGGUUCAGGCAAUUUAUUCGCACACAGUGGUGUUUUUCUCAAGGCUUAAGGCAGAUUAACUGCUUGAGUCUGUGCUAUUUAGGAGUCAGAUCUUUGUUCAUGCAACUGUAGUCCCACCUUCCCUGCAUGUUAUCUACACAGACUCCCUACACAUUUCCUGUAAAAAGCGAUCUAAUGUUUAAACUUCCUUUAUUGUACAUUCUCCUUAAAUUAGAAUGUCUUAUAUCCUGCUCUGUCAAUAGGCUGAUAGAGCCUACAAAACUGUGAUUAAAGUUUAAUUAAAAGAGCAGAAGAUUAAAAACUUCUAAAGUAAAUUCACUGUGCUGUGAGAUCUAAAAAUGUAAACACAUUUUUAAUGGGGUCUGUGCGAGUAACAGCUGGGGUGGGGGGGGGGGGGGGGGUUGCUAGGGCUGUGUAAAUAGAAUAAAAAGAGAAUUAACUUGUUGGUGGCAGAGUAUGAUUUAUACAUUAACCCUGUUCCAUGAAGCUUAAUUUGUUUUGGUGCUUAGAGUAUCCUUUUGAGACAUUGUUUGUGUUUAAAUUGACCUAUACCUGUUUUAUGGCCGAAUAGACUGCACAAAAUAUUUACAGGGUUGUUCACUAAAGUGAGAAUUCAAAAUUAAUUCCAAAUUUAAAAGAACACAAACAUGUAUUCCUGACACUAUAGCUCAAAGAGCAUCGUUAAGGUACCCAGCCACCUUAAAAAGGUUUUUACUUCACUUUUUUCCAGCACUGCGCAGGUCUCGUCUUGGCGCAGUGCUGGGAAAAAAGUGAAGUUAAAUACUUUGUCCAGCUCACACUCUGCCUCCUUGGCUGAGAUCAUGAGACUUGAUGAUCUCAGACAAUCCAGUGCAUGUAAAUUACCCUAAAAGUACAUUGUCAGAUGUUGAUCCCAGAGGAUGUUAUAACCUCAUCUUUUAUGCCAUAAGAGCCAGGCAUAUCACAUGAAGUUACUAGCCUGAUAUGCUUGAUCUUUGCUUGGAGAAAUUACUUUUGAGUUCAUUUAGGGCAUAAAAAAUCCCCAGCUGCAGGUUUGAAAUGAGACACAGAACUGCUGAAUUUCAUCUGCUGUCCAUAAGCUGCCAGGGAUCAGGCUGUUACUGCAUGAUACCCUCUGCAUUGAAACAGAGGAUUGCCUUGCACUUCUGCAUAACAUAUUGGCUUGGUCAGUUGGAAGAAUGAGAUGAUGUAACAUUUUUCCAAGUCGGACAUAAAGUUAUCUAUUUUGCCUAAGCAAUUUCCAGCUAGACACAAGUACAGUACAGGCAUAGAUAGGGUAAAGUGUGUGUGUGUGUUUUGUGUUUGUACGAGUCAGUCGUUAGUUAAGUAUGAUUGUUGCUAUUUUGGUGUAAGGAACUAGUGUUGUAUGUCUUAUUCCAUACAUGUGAAUGUGGUUAGCUAGGUAUCAUAGAGAAUGAGUAAGGGUGUAGCUAAUAAAUUGUUUAUGCCUGUUAUGAUAUAUAAACCAAAUACAUACAUAAGGUGGAGCUUCUAACAUGGGUUUUGUUUCAGUAUAAAUCUGUUAAUAAUAAAAAUACAAAACAAUGGUGCAAAAUUGUUGAAACAGGUUAAAUCUGAUAUAUAAACAUAAGGAGUGUCACUCACAAGUCGAGAGCCAUAGCUCUCAUAUGACUCAAAUGGUAAACGCCUGUGGACACUUGUAGGAUGUCCAAUUCCUUCUUCAAGCUGACUCCUUGGAGUUCACACUGUUUGACCCUCAGGAUAGUUGGUGUCUCCCCAAGCUCCACGGUCCCAGCGGUAUAUACACAGGAUACACAGAGUGGGUCUUCAGAAAUUAUGCUUUAUUUAUAAUAAAGUAUUAUUAUAAAUAAUAAUAAAUAUAAUAUAAAUUAUAUUAUUAAGAACAAAUGAAAAUGCCAUAUUGAAUGUCUCUGGGUGACUCAAUAGUCCAGUAUAAUGUCCAAAACGCGUUUUGCCCUUCAAACGGGCUUCCUCAGUUUGCUGUAUUCUGUUUCCUUGUCUCUCUUCUUUUUAAAUAUCCCGCUUGCUUCCUCUGGUUUCGGAUUGUUGGAAUGCAACAUGCCUUCCAGCGUCUUGCGUCAUUAUGCUACUAUUUCCGGUUCACCCUUUUCCUCCAAAGUUGAACCGCACAUGCACUCCGACUUGUUCAUUUGCGAAAAAAGUUAUUUAACAAAGUACAUAUGAUGUCUGGAACGCUUAUGCGUUCCAGUAUAUAACCUCAAUGUCCAUAAAACAUUGUUGUUCCCGGGAGGUGGACAUUGUCCUUUGUUAUUAUAUAGAGUAUAUUAUAUGGGACACAUAAUCUAAAACAUUUGUAUGUAAUUAAAUUUCCUUUAUUAAGGCCUUCUUAUUAAAGGUAGAGGUGUUUCUAUGUACAUAUUGCCAAAAGGAAAAAAAACAAAAACGUAAUUAGGUUAAAAACAAUGAAAUGUUCUAUAAAUCUCUUUGUAUAUUAAUAAAAAGAUAUACAUCUGAAGCAUAUGAAUAAUGAUAGGGGCCGAAACCGGAAGAAAACGCCAAGCAGGAUACAGUCAUCUGAUGAAGCCCGUUUGAAGGGCGAAACGCGUUUUUGGACAUUAUACUGGACUACUGAGUCACCCAGAGACAUCCAAUCUGGCAUAGUCUUAUUUUGUGUAUUUUAAUUUUAUUAUAAAUAAAGCAUCAUUUCUGAAGAUCCACUCUUGGUAUCCUGUGUAUAUACCCCUGGGGAGAUACCAACUAUCCUGAGGGUCAAAAAGUGUGAACUCCAGGGAGACAGCUUGAAGAAGGAAUUGGACAUCCUAUAAGUGUCCACAGGCGUCUACCAUUUGAGUCAUAUGAGAUCUAUGGCUCUCGACUUGUGAGUGACACUCCUUAUGUAUGUGUGUGUGUGUGUGUGUAUAUAUAUAUAUAUAUAUAUCUCAGAUUUAACCUGUUUUAACAAUAUUGCACCAUUGUUUUGUAUUUUUAUUAUUCACAGAUUUAUACUGAAACAAACAAAACCCAUUUUAGAAGCUCCACCUUAUGUAUGUAUGUAUGUAUAUGGUUUAUAUUUUGUAGAAGUGAUUUAGGGAAUACCACUAAAGGUGUUUUGAGCUUUUACCACUAUUUUCUCCAUAUUGUGGACUUAUCUGUUGAUUUAGUUUACCUGUUCUGAUAUAUAGGGUUUUUUUGUUUUUUUUUAUACAAAGGAACGGAAAUAGAAUUCUUAUCUACAUCCAACAAGCAAUUAUGCUCUGUCACAACAGUAAUAGUGCAUGUGCUGUUAAAGAGCAGAAAAAACUGCCUAUAGAAUCGUUCUUCUGCUUUCUACUGUGACUCACAUAUUCUUGUGUUGAGCACAUCUUGCUUGAGUAUAGAAAUGGAGUAACAGGUGUUGGCAAUUCUCUCAUGUCCAUACUCUGCCAAAGAAGUCAGUGUUUUUGGGCAUUAAAAAGUAGCACUUCUUGGGGAAAUGGUCACAUUUAGGAACAAUUGUGUAGGUAUUCGACAAUUCAGCCGAAUUUAAAGAGGUACUAUAGUGCUAGGAAUACAAAGCUGUAUUCCUGGUGCUAUCACGCCUACUUCUCCCCCCACCGGUAAAUAAAGGGUUAAAAACGCUUUUAGCUACUUACCGAAUUCCAGCCAUGAUGACCCUCGGGGCUGGGUCGAAGCUCAUUCUCCAUCCUGCGAUGAGGGUACGCUAAUGCGCAUGAUCGGUAGACCUCCACAAAGGGAAGCAUUGAAUAAAUGCUUUCCUAUGGGGGGGGAAAAAUCUUAAGAUGGAUGUCCUCAUGCAAAGCGUGAGGACAUCCAGAGUCCGAUACCAGACCAAAUGUCCGUUUCAAACCAGGAAGCCCUCUAGUUGCCGUCUGGUAGACAGCCAUUAGAGGUUUCUCUAGAACUGCAAUGUUUCACUUUGCGGCACAAAGGGCUAUAGGAACACUGUACCCAGACCACUUCAAUGAGCUGAAGUGGUCCGGGUGCCUACCUUGUCCCUUUAAAGGACCACUAUAGUGCCAGGAAAACAUACUCGCCGGGCUCUAGGGGGUGGAAGGGAUUAAAUUUACCUCUUUCUCCAUUGCCGGACAGGGAACUCUCCUCCUCCAUAUCGCCAUCAUCGGCUAAACGCGCAUGCGCGGCAGGAGCCGUGUGCGCAUUCAGCCAGUCCAUAGGAAAGCAGUCUCAAUGCUUUCCUAUGGACACUGGUGUCUUCUCACUGUGAAAAUCACAGUGAGAAGCGCGGAAGCGCCUCUAGUGGCUGUCAAUGAGAGAUUGAGACUGGAUUAACUCUAUUAUAAACCUAGCAGUUUCUCUGAAACUGCUAUGUUUAUAGAAGAAAGGGUUAAUCCUAGCUGGACCUGGCACCCAGACCACUUCAUUAAGCUGAAGUGGUCUGGGUGCCUAUAGUGGUCCUUUAAGCUGUUCUGGGGUUUGUCUGAAUUCUGUAUCACUGUACCGCCAUGCGGACAUAUAACCAAGCAAUUGACUAGUGUGAUGGACGAGCAUGUUAGUUUGCAUCGGGAUUUGGAAUUCUGCUUGUGACACCAAAUAAAUUAGAUGAUUGGCUACAAGAUAACUACUUAAAUGUCAAUUAACGGGUCUAGGUACAGUGGUUCUUUAGCUUUAACCCUGCAAUGUAAAACAUUAUUUAUUUAUUUAUUUAUUUAUUUAUUUUUAUUUUAUUUAUUUUUUAGAAACUGUAAUUGUUGCAUUGCAGGGUUAAAUCCACCUCUAGUGGCUAUCUUUCUGACAACCACUAGAGGCACUUCUGCUAUACUGACAGUGAAACUCAGUCACGUGAUGCUGAAACUCAUAGGAAAAGAAGUCGAGCAAUCCUUUCCUUUGUGACAAAUUUGGAUUUGCUGCAUAGGCACAUUAGUUCCCAAUGCUCCUCUAUGAGAAGCAUUGAAUUGGAAGUCGACUUGAGAGACAGAUAAAGCCGUAGGAGGAGUGGCUAGCAGCACUGCAGUCUUGGUGCUCCAGUAAAAGUAAGAAAACUGGAUAUGAGAGGGGACCUAAAACAAACCUGAUAAUGGUAAUUAAGCUGCUUGUGUGUGGCUAUUUUAUAUUGAAUUGGCACACUGUAUUCUUAUUGUACCAUGUUUCAGACUAAAGUUUAACUGUGUUCUCUCUAGCUUUUAUCCAAAAUAAACAAUAAAUAAUAUAAUGCCUCUUUGUCAACCUGUCACAUUUUGUUUCCUUCUAAAAUAUUUGGAAUUGAUUCAACUCCCCAAAAAGUGAAGAGAAAGCACUAGCUGAUCUUGAAUCUGUCCUAUGCAAGAUAAAGAAGAUGCACAAUACAGAGCUGUGCCUUGAUAUUUGUUAACCACUUUGUACAUUUCUCUGGGCACAGUAAAUGUUUUAUUUUCCAUUGCUACUCAUUUAUCUGCAGGAAAGGGUGCGUGUGUAUUUCUGCAGUAGGAUUGAUUUUCAGAGACCAAGCAUUAAUAAUAAGGUCAUCCAUGCCUUGAGAGCCUGUGCAUUAAGUGACAGUAGUAUGGCCCUUUUGUCAUUCAGAAGUGUCAAGGCAUCGCAUGGUCGUCCCACAAAGUAGGUAGACGGGGUCUUUCAGCUGACACAGUCGGUGCCUUGAUGUCUGCCAGAAUAACCUGGAAGGUAUUUGUGUUGUCAGUCACAGAGACAUCACAUUACUUUAAACUGUAACACAGCCUAUGUGAGGUUAGCCGUCUUAUCCAUCAGCGCGAGCAGAUGGAAACAGUACAUCAUUUUAAUGCACCUAUUAAGGAUACCCCCGUAAGGAGAGAGAGACAGCCUUUUGCUCAGUAAAUUGAAGAUGCUCACAGUUACAGUCAUGUUUGUAACAGAGAGGCUUCUUUUUGUUUUAAAGGACUUCUUUUGUGUUUACUUCAGUGGGGUUUUUAAUGUUUGUUGUAAAAGGGACCUGACAGACUAGUGCUGACACCCUCAACCUCUAAGUGUUUAGUGUACUGUAUAGAUUAGUGAGGGGUUCUUAAGUUAAAUUUGAGUCCUCAUGCUAUUUAUUGUGACUGCAAAGGUUGAAACAGGCACCAGAUUCUGAUCGGGUUUUAAGCGAAUGCCGGCAACAAAUUGUUUCUGCCUUCCCCAGUACAAUAGAGACCCAGCAGACACUAUAUUGUUUUGCUAAAUUAAUUUUACUGUGUAAUGUAUAAUAAAUGUAUUCUUCGACUUCGAGCUUUUUGUGUAAUUGAAGAAUGAGACACAAAUUUAAUACAUAAUGUGACGAAAGUAACCUCGUCACUGGUUGUUGGAGGAGCCUGUUGGCCAGCCUCUUACCCUGUGACUAUGGCCCUGCAAUAGACCUGGCUAAAAUACUUUAAAAGGCUCUGUUCAUGUGAAGUAUAUACUUGUACUCCAGGCAGAGAGACCGACCACUGGCACGAAUUCUCUGGAACUGUUUUGGGCAUGGGACCAUGUGCACGGUCGGUCAAAAAUAAGACUUCCAGGAAAUUUCUGAACCCCUGAACUGAUCUGGGUGAUUUUUGGAUAUGUUGGUCACCCAGAUCAGGGCUGUCGGGGGAUGUAACAUUUGCGGGGAUAUUAUGUGGUUUGGGACUCUUUAGAAAUGUUUUUUUUUUUUUUUGUGUGUGUGUUUGGAGAAAAUUGAGUUUAGUAUAGUGCUUGACUCCACUAUUUCUUAAGUAAAGGGGAAGGCUUUUUGUAUUGUAUGUGGGAGAGUUGUACAUUUUAAUUACUGUUCUGAUUGGUUUGUAAGCUUUGUGUCCCUGUCCAUGUGGGCGUACACCUUGCAUAAAAGGCCAGCUGGGGACUUGCAUAAAAGGCCAGCUGUUGCUUCCAUUAAACAGAAUGCUUUACCCCUUCAUGAAGUCUUGUCUCAUGUUUGGGGUAUUGGAGAACUACAUACACUCUGGGGAUUGCUAUAUCACAAUACUCCCUUGAGUAUAAUCACUAGCUCUUCUUCUAAGAGCUGUUCCUGCUGCGCUCUCUGGACUAGGAGAGGUCUACCCACUGGAAUCUGGAUCCUGGUCUUGGGUCCAGGGUGGGUGGAGCACGGCGAGACCUCAACCAAGCUGCGGCUGUUUGUGGUGAUCUACGGUGGUUAUGGUGUUCCAGUACAGUGCUUAUGGUGCUCGCAAGUACUAGGAAGCAGCGAUUGACGGAGGUACCCGGUCGGGGUACCAGGCAGUCCGGCACACAUACAAAUACAUGUAUUAAGCUGAAAAAAUACAAAGGUUACGGAAUCAGGUUGUACCCAACCCGUAGUCCAAAAUUGGGUUGAUGAGGUAAUACGGGCAUAACCCAAUAUGAAAUAAAACUGGUAAGAGAAGAAACCUAACUACAAGAGAUCGGAACCAACCCCACUGAAAUUACCUCACAUUUAAAUCAUUCUAAAGUAAUAGCCAAAAAUAAUAAAUUAAUAAUAAAUACAACUUUAUUAAAGGUAUAUGAGAACAAAAACAAACUAAACCCUUAAAAUGUAAGAAGAGCAGGGAAAAUGUUAGUAGAUAGGUAGUUUGUAUAAAGGCUAAAAAAAAAAUCCCUUAAGGCACUCCACCAAGUUAGCCAAAUCUCUAUCCCUGUGAUGUAACACUGUUUCUUUAAGAGUAUACGUGGUAUAGAUGAGAGAUGAUGUAUCAAGGGAUGCCCAGCUAUAUGCAGUCUGAGUGAGUGUCAUGAACACCUUUCAGAUUCACCUAAGAAAGAAUUACUUAUCACUUGUCAGGAGUGGAAACCGUAUAGGGUGUAUAAUAUAAUAAUAGGGGGGCUAAUUCACUGGUUAUGAAUCUAGAAAUGUGGGUAAUUGUGCACAAACUCGUGUAAUUAUGCACGAACUCGUCUGCUAAAUUGUAAACUGUCUGCUGCUUAAAGGAAGCCCUCUUAGUGUGACCUAAUAGUAAUUGUCUGCAUGGAAGAUGUACCGUAUAUUAGAGUGAAAAUAAAAAAAAAUGAAAACAGCCAUUCCGAAAUCCAAUAUCAAGUAGACUGUUUAGCAGGUUUAACAUACUACCUAUCUACUAACAUAUUUUCUACACUCUUUCCAUCACACCUUCUUUCACUCUCUUCUCACAUUUUAAAGGGAUUCUCCAAUGCCAGGAAAACAAAGCUGUUUUUCCUGGCAUUGUAGAAUCCUGGAGUGCCCUCCUGCCCUCCAUCCCAUGUCGCUGAAGGGGUUAAAACCCCUUCAGCCACUUAAUUGAAUCCAGCACGAUGUCCCUCUGCGCUGGGUCAGGCUCCCGGAAGCUCCCCAUGUUUUACAUUGCUGCACUAAGUGAAAAAGGGUCACAGCACCCAGAAUACUUCAAUUAGCUGGAGUGGUCUGGGUGCCUACAGUGUCCCUUUAAGGAUUUAGUUUGUUUUGGUUCUCAUAUACCUUUUAAUAAAGUUGUAUUUAUUAUUAGUUUAUUUUUGGCUAUUACCUUAGAAUGAUUUAAAUGUGAGGUAAUUUCAGUGGGGUUGGUUCUGAUCUCUUGUAGUUGGGUUACUUCUCUUACAAGUUUUAUUUCACAUGCAUUAAGCUAUUCGUCACUUUCAAUGUGUGUGUGUAUGUGUGUAUGUAUGUAUAUAUAUGUGUGUGUAUAUGUGUGUAUAUAUAUAUGUGUGUGUGUGUAUAUAAAUAAAAGGGAAAAAAUGCUCCUUUACUUUCCAACAAAGUUUACCAUUACUGUCAGCUGACCAGUUACUGUGACAUUAGAGCAACUUUCACACUCUUAAUUUUUUGGUCAAUGUUUAAUAAGGAGGAGAACAAAAAAGCAAACAAACUCUGAAUUCUUCCCCCCCCCCCCCACCACCCCGCUUUCUUUCUAAAAUUACUCAGUUAACAAUAUUACACUAUUACAUAAUAUUAGAGGUUUUUUUUUUAAAAUAUUUCUUUUUCUUAAAUUGGUUGGUUGCAGUCUUUUCUCAAGGGUGAAAACGGGAAAGAAAAUGUGAAAAAAAGAAUAGAGUGGCAGAGAUUAUUUUGACACACUAUACAAAAGGCACUAAAAUAAAAAGGGCACAUGCACAGAUGCUGCUGAAUACUUAAAAAAACAAACAAAAAAAACACGUUUUCUUUUCCUCUACCGUAGUGAAUUCAUAACACUAUAGUGUCCUCUGGUUCCUCUUCCCCAUACCCCCUGGCAUGUAAAGUUUAAAAAAAAAAAAAAAAAAUUACUUUUUUUUUAAACCAAUGUGUCUCGGCACUGGGUCGGCGCUCCGCUCCUAUGGGUAUUUCACUAACACUGGACAUCCUCAUGCAGAGUGUGAGGACAUCCAGCCACUAGAGACAGUCUUAGUCCUGCAAGGUAAUCAUUGCAGUUUCUCUAAAACUGCAAUUAUUUACAUUGCAGGACUAAGUGGGAUAGGGACCCUGCACCCAGACUGCUUCAAUGAGAUGAAGUGGUCUGGGUGACUAUAGUGUCCCUUUAAGUUUUUCAGACUUCACAAACAUGUUUGCUGAAAGGAACACUCUAGCAUUAGGAAUAAAAACCCAUUCCUAAUGCAAUUAUUAUUUUCACACAUGGUUUCUUAUUUUGGCUUUAUUUUUGUUAAAUAAAUCAUGACACAGUGUAAUAUAUUGUUGUUCAUCUGAGGUUUUAUUUACCUAAUUUACGUGUGUAUGUAUAAUAUUUUUAUUUUAUUGUGGAGUAUUUGCUACUAUGCCUGUCAUCACUAUAAAAAUUUUAAUUUGUUUAAUAAAUUUCUUUCAGGUCAACGAGAAGUUUGCUAUUAAUUUGAUAGCGGAACAACCAGUGAAUGAAGCUGACGAUAGAAUAGUAUCUUGUGAUGGAGGAGGUGGCGCUUUGGGACAUCCUAGGGUUUAUAUUAACUUGGCAAGUAUAUAAAAUAAUUUCACCAUUUGGUCUCUGGUUAAGAAUGUAAUGCUACAAUUCAAAAUGUUACAGAAAGUGAACUAAUCAAAUGUUUAGUUCUCUACAUGGAAUGUUGUAUAUAAUACAUAUAGUCACAAUGGGGAGUUCAAUUAUACUUUUGUCAUGGGUAUAUUGAAGGGAUAAUCCUGGGUGUAAGUUUAUCAGAAGGGUUGCCCUGACACAAAUGUAAAACUUAACAUUUAAUCACUCUAUUAAAAGACAUAUUUUUGAAAAAGGAACAAAACGAAAAAGUAAAAAAAAAAAAAAAAAGUUAUGUCAAUCCAGCCAAACUGGGGAAAUUCUCCAAGUCAGUUGUGCUUUCAGAUUGGCUACUGUGGCCUUAAAUUUGAAACCCACCCCAAAUUCACUCUAGAUUUAAAAAAAAAUAAAAAUGUAUUUUUACACAAAUUAAUACAGUCAACAAAACAAAGUGGGGGAAAAAAAUAGUGAAUAAAAGAAAGUAUGUACAGAUUGUUAACUGCCAGGAAGAGCUGCAUAUAUAGUCUCAAUGUACUGCACUGUGCCUUCGAGGGCACCUAAUGUCAAUAGGUACUAUAUUCAGACAAAAAUGCACACCUCACCACAGUCUGAUCUGUUAUACCAGUUCCACUUCAGGAGAAACAGAGUGGCCUGACUCAGAAAGUAAGUCCUCCUCUCAGAAAAAGAAUACUCAAUCACAGUAUAGACCAUCAUCAUAGAGAACACUGACUAGUAGAAGUAUUUAAAAAAAAAAAACAGACAAAACCGUAUCCUUUCUUGACACCCCAGUACAAACCGCUAUAGACAAUUCUGCUCUUCCAACUACCUCUUCAACUUUUUUAGAACAGGGUUUUUAAUGCCAACAGCAAGCACGAUUGAGAGAUCAAGGAAAAUGGGCUUUAAACCAAACUAAAGAAUGCAGAGAUACUAAUUCCUAAUAAAGUGGUGAAUUUGUCAAAAUUUAAAUAACUAGCUAGACGUGUAUAUAUUACUACUUAAUAAAAGCCUAUCAUUUGUACCAACACCAACUUUGGAUAGGUUUGAGGUGGUCCAAAGAUAUUCAUCUAUUUAGAAGAAAACUAGCUCUAAAAGUUAUUCAUAAAAAAAAAAACAGGACCUUAAAAAAGCCAAUGAUCUCAGUCUAUCUGUUGAAGAUUAUACACAUGGAAAAAACCUAAUAGCCCUUCUGGAUGAACAUGAUACCUCUAAACCACUGACUGAUUUUUAGACCAAAAAGCUGGUAUACUCCAAACUUUCAAGAGGUUACACAUGUGGACCUGUUCAUCCAAUUCAACACAGAUGGAAAAUAAUUAACCAACAUGCAAUACCAUCAAGAACAUAAUCUUACUAUAUGAGUGAGAUUAGCCUUACAUGAACUCGCACAACUACAAGACAUCAUAAUUAAUCCCACCAACGAGGGCCGUAAUAUAGUCCUUCUACAACGAGAAAAAUACAUCAACAUGUGUAUGGAACAUUUGAAAGAUUCAAACUGUUACCAACUUUUGAACUCCGACCCAACCACCACCUUCCUGCAAGAACUAAAGGAAUUACUUACCAAGGCCCAUAAUAGCAUCAUCCUCUCUCAACAAGAGUACAAGUUCCUGUUACCAAAUCACAAUCCAACUACAGAUGCUCCUCACUUAGCGUCCGGGUUCCGUUCUUACGACCCAGUCGUAAAGGGAAUUGGUCAAUAAGUGAGGCGCAUGUGCACCAGUACAGGUCUAUGCUCAGGAAUAUUUUCCUGAACAUAGAUUAGAGGGAUUCACUGCUCUGGUGCGCCUGUCUAUGUUUGGGGUAAUUUCCCCGAACAUAGAUCAGCUCUCUAAUGUGGGGAAGCCCUCGAAUCCUCACGCUAGAGAGCUGGUCGCAAAGUGUAUAGCAACUUUUUACUGUCUUCCUAAGAUCCCCAAAGACCUCACAGAUCCCUCAGGAAGACCCAUAAUUUCUGGUAAAAAAUGUCUUGCUGAAAGACCAAGUAUAUUUGAUAGACAAGAUCUUACAUCGUAUAGUUAGACAGCUUCCAUCUUACCUCAAGGACAUUGCACUUGAAUAUUUACAAGUCCCUCCUUAUACAUUAUUAGGCAGCUGUGAUGUGGUAUCUCUUUAUAGCAAUAAACCACAUGACAAAAGUUAUUAAAGCAUGUAUAUUGUUCCUAAACCAAACUGAAUACAAUGAACACCAAAAGAGUUCAUCCUAACCCUACUUCAUUUUAUCUUCUCACACAAUUAUUUCAUUUUCAAUGGAAAAUUUUACUUACAAACAGGAAAUGCCAUGGGCAUGGUUUGCGUCCCUAGUUAUGCUAACCUAUUUUUAGGUUGCUGGAAGCAGUGUGUUGUCAAUGUUCUACCACAUAAUCAGUACCAACAAUGAAUUUUGAAAUGUUACCGGUAUAUAGAUGACAUACUGCUCCUGUGGACUGGAUCGAUUCCAUGUUUUGAUCAACUAGUGGAAUUUCUCAAUGACAACAACUUAAAUCUCAAACUGCCCAUUUAAUUAUUGAGGAAUCCAUGGUCCUCCUGUACCUGAAGAUAUCGCUACUGGAAGAUGGAACUAUACAUACUAAAUUACACAGAAGAUCUACAUCCACAAACAAUAUUUUACACUGGAAGAGUCACCAUCCAUUCCAUUUGAAAGCCUUAAUUCCAUAUGGCCAAUAUCUUCACGCAAGUAGGAAUUGUUCAGAAGAUGAAAAAUUCCUCCAAGAAUGCACAAUUCUAAGCUCUCAGUUUAGGGCUCUUGGAUUUCCCAAUAGAGUCCUAAAGCGAACAUACCAACAAACAAGCCUCAAAAAUAGAUCUGAAAGUUUGAGAGCUAAAAAAACAAAAAAUGAUCAACCACACACUAGAUGCAUAGCCACCUACAACACUGGAUGGACUAAGGUGUCAGAAAUCAUGAAAAAUAAUUGACCUAUGCUCAUGCAGAACCGCGAUCUACAACAAUGGUUGCCAAAAUAUCCAUCAUUGUCCGUACGCAAAGCAAAAAACUUGAAGGACCUAUUAGUACAUAGCCAUCUAGACUCAGAAGGAAAUUUUUUUUUUUUUACAUGGCAUAACAGCACAAAGGCCACAUAUAGAUGUUUCCACUGUAAGACCUGUCAACAUCUAAAACCAUCUACACUUAUUGUCCAAUUACUGGGUUAAAAAUACACAAAUCCCCCUAAUCAAUUGCAACACCAGUAAAUUGAUCUACUUGAUCACCUGCACCUGUGGCAAACCCUUCUGAUCUGAGUUUCCAAGCAAUAGAAAAAUUGCAACCAAACUCCAGAAAAGGGGAUUUCAAUCUAUACCUGCUUCAGAAAGAAGCACAAUGGAUUUUCAAGUUUAAAACUCUUGCUCCCCAGGGACUGAAUGACUUGUAAGACGUAUAUUGUAACCUUAUUGCAUCCAAGUAUAUAUAUUUUUUUAUAUUUUCAUUCUAUGGAUACCACAAUGACUACUAUUUGUCUGUCCCUUCAUCCAUAUUAUUGGACCUAAUACUAAUUAAUGACACUUCUGUUCUAUAGCAGUUUAGCAAAAUUGUCAUGAACCUACCUGUUUGAUUUCACUUGGCUAAGGCUUUGUGGACUGCUCUCAUUGGCUAAGAUGUUAUAUGGCUAACCCUCUGAGGGUAUUUGUUUUUCUAUGAAUAUCUUAAUAUCCUUUUUUUUGCUGCUGAGAGAGAGCAUAAUAUGAGCCUCUGUGUCCUUUAAUAAAAUCAUGAUUAUCUUUCCUUUUAUGGAGACAGAGCUCUACUGUGUUGAUAACGUUAGACCAGCACUUACACAUGUAUAAGUCUUACUAACCAAAUAGCACUACACAAUUAAUAGUAGUUUCUUAAUAUUUGUUAUCCCGUGCCGUCUUGAUCGGUACAAAAAAAUUAAUUCAUGACACUAAUCUUGCCAUUUUUUUGAUAACAUUCAUUGGACAAUCUGUAAGAAGGUAUGCCAAUUUUUCUUCUUGGAGCCUCAGAUUGGCUAGGAAAGCUGCCAGUCAUCAUGAGACACUCUGAUUGGCUGAAUCCAAUGAACCUAUCAGGUUUUUUUGCCCGGUAUAUAAUUCCUUCCUGAGAUUUUUCAUUUCCCCUUGAAGAGCCUGCUUGGUGAAACAUACGUCGGGGCUAGCUUAGGUGGUUAUCUCUUCAGCACCAUAUAUCGCUUAUGUGUUUGGGAAUCCCUCAAACAAACAAGUAUAGUCUGAUCCGUAAUGGGUUAUGACUCUGCAAUCAUGCAUAGCGGAUUUAACACUGAGCCGUAUUCUUAACCCCAGCUAGAUCUGUUAGCAGAAUAGUUAAUUAAUUUUGAAUGAUAAUAGGUGCCCUCAAAGGCACAGUGCAGUACAUUGAGACUAUGUUUGCAGGGUAUUUGAAAAUACUACUACUCUGUGUUCUCUGUGCUGAUGGUCUAUACCAGGGGUCCUCAAACUUUUUAAACAGGGGCCCAGUUCACUGUCCCUCAGACACUACUGGGGGCUGGACUAUAGUUUGAAAAAAAUAUGAACAAAUUCCUAUGUACACUGCACAUAUUUUAAUUGCAGUGCACAAAAAACAGGAAAAACAAUGCAAUAUUUAAAAUAAAGAACAAUUUUAGUCAACAUAAACGUAUAUUUCAAUGGGAAGUAUGGGCCUGCUUUUGGUCCAUGAGAUGGUCCAUAUCCGGUUCCAUAUUUGUCACUGCUAGUCGUAGCAAGUGAUGCAAGUGUUCAUCAGUUAGUCUGGAUCUGGUUGGAGAUUUCAGAUGUUUCAUUUGGGAAAAAGUCUGUUCAUAGACAGGUGCUGCCAAAGAUGGUUGCAAUUUUGAGUGCAUGGUUCCUGAGAUUAAGAGAUGUCUCAGAGGCUCAGAAAUUAGUAAGGCUGCUUGAUUUGAAUGCUUCUUUCAGAGAGUCACAAUUCUGUAGUUCAGCCAAUUCCAUUUGGUAAAUUGCAUCAACAAUUGAAAUGCCAACAGAAAAUGGGUUCCGUAAAAGCUGUAUGUCCUGUUCAUGGAGAUGAAGCUCUUUAAAUCUAAUUUGAAACUCCUUUUGCAACAUUUCUAGUACAUCCAUACAUGCUUUGGUUUUUCCUCCAACAGGUUUUGAUUGGGAGAUGGCAGAAGUUUUCCUCCUUCACUUGUUUAAAGGACCACUCUAGGCACCCAGACCACUUCAGCUUAAUGAAGUGGUCUGGGUGCCAGGUCCAGCUAGGGUUCAGAGAAACUGCUAUGUUUAUGAAUGGGUUAAGCCUUCCCCCUAUUCCUCUAGUGGCUGUCUCAUUGACAGCCGCUAGAGGCGCUUGCGUGCUUCUCACUGUGAUUUUCACAGUGAGAGCACGCAAGCAUCCAUAGGAAAGCAUUAUGAAUGCUUUCCUAUGUGACCGGCUGAAUGCGCGCGCAGCUCUUGCCGCGCGUGCACAUUCAGCCGACGGGGCGGAGAGGAGGCAGAGAGCUCCCCGCCCAGCGCUGGAAAAAGUAAGUUUUACCCCCUUUCCCCUUUCCAGAGCCGGGCGGGAGGGGGUCCCUGAGGGUGGGGGCACCCUCAGGGCACUAUAGUGCCAGGAAACAGAGUAUGUUUUCCUGACACUAUAGUGGUCCUUUAAUUAGGCGAUCUAAUUUUACUUGAAAUGCUUUCACAUGUGAAUACAUAUCACAGAUGAGCUUCCCCUUUCCUUGAAGUUGAACAUUACAACUGUUGAGUAGCUCUGUUACAUCUGUCAGAAAGGCAAGGUGCCAUUUCCAUUCUGCAUUUUUGAGCUCUGGUACUUCUUUUGUUUUUCGAAAGCAGAAAGCUGUGGAAGUAAGUCCUAAAAACGUUUCAAAACUCUCCCUCGACUCAGCCAACGGACUUCUGUGUGGUACAGAAUAUCUUCAUAGGCAACAUUUAGCUCAGACAGAAAUUCCUGAAACUGUCUGUGGUUUAGUGCAUGAGCUCUAAUGACGUUAACAGAAGAUACCACAAUUUUCAUGACAGUCCAACUUCAAUGAUUUACAACACAGUGCUUGUUGGUGGAUGAGGCAGUGUUUGGCUAUUGGAUGUUAAUGGUUGUGUUUGUCCAUCUCUUUAAUACGUGCAACCACUCCUUUCAUAGACCCCACCAUGCUAGGAGCACCAUCAGUUGUCACACUUGCUAGUUUAGCCCAGUCCAGCUCCAAAUCAUUCAUAGUUUGGCAAACUUUUUCAUAGAUAUCCUCUCCUGUUGUUGUUCCUUUGAUGCUUUUCAGUGCAGCAAGCUCCUCUGCGACUUUGAAAUAAUAAAUUUUGUCCCACAAAUGAAAAUAAAGGAAUGGAACAUAUCGGCUAUGAAGAAAGGUUAACAAAUUUAAACCUAUUUAGUUUAGAAAAACGUCACCUGAGAGGGGAUAUGAUAACAUUAUACAAAUAUAUUCAGGGCCAAUACAAACCAUUGUGUGGAAAUCUAUUCACAAACCGGACUUUACAUAGGACACGAGGCCAUGCGUUUAGACUGGAAGAAAGAAGAUUUCGUCUAAGGCAAAGGAAAGGUUUUUUUACUGUAAGAACAAUCAGGAUGUGGAAUUCUCUGCCUGAAGAAGUGGUUUUAUCAGAGUCCAUACAGAUGUUCAAACAGCUACUAGAUGCAUACUUGCAAAAACAGAAUAUUCAAGGAUAUAAUCUUUCAAUGUAGGGUAAUAACUGCUUGAUCCAAGGAUAAAUCUGACUGCCAUUCUGGGGUCAAGAAGGAAUUUUUUUCCUAGCUUGUUGCAAAAUUAUGCUUCAGUUUUUUUGUAUAAUUUUGCCUUCUUUUGGAUCAACAGCAAAAAACAAAUGUGAGGUAGGCUGAACUUGAUGGACGCAAGUCUCUUUUCAGCUAUGUAACUAUGAGCAUCAUUGCUUUCGUCGAGUGCCAAAAAAUAGCAAAGUGGUUUUUUUUGUUUUGUUUUUUUGUUUUUUUGAGGAGUUUUGCAGAUACAAAUUUGCACCCAUUUCUUCAAUCCUUUGUGUAAUUGUAGGUCCUGAAAGACUCACUGUACUAAAUAAAUCAGCCUUCUCUGGACACAUCUCUUUGGCAACAGAAAUAAGGCAUUCUUUAAUGAAUUCUCCCUCUACGAAUGGUCUGCCAGUGCACGCUAUGAGCUUGGCAACUUGAAAACUUGCUCGCAAUGAUAUAUUUAGCUGCUUUUGCUUCACCAAAGUAUUUUGCCGAGUUGUCAAUCCAUUUUUUAGUUUUAAUAUUUUAUCUUUUCUCACUUGUCCGACCAAACAAUAAUUUAUCUUUAUGUAGUGUCGACGCAAAUUGUAUUCCUUGAACACAGACACUAAAUUCUGGCAUAUCAGACAAACCGCUCUUUUUGUUCUGCGUUAAAAAGUAAUCGUAAGCCCACAGUUCUUUGAAUACUCUGUAUUUAGUAAAAUACCAAUAAAUACAGAGCUUAAACUAAAAUAAAAAUAUCAGCGCUCAGCAAUAGUGCAAAUGGUCGGCGUUCAGCAGUAACUCAAAUGGUCAGUGCUCAGCAGUAACGCAAAAGCUCACACUCACUCACUCACUCACUCACACACACACACACACACACACACACACACACGCUCACUCACACACACAAGCUUAUUCACUAGCAGAUCAACUUGAAUAUAUAGAACCCUCCCAAUAGAAGAUGCCCUAAGUGAGUGUAUCUCUGACGAGAUGGUGAUUGCCAUACAUGUGUAAUAACCCCCCAUUUCUUCCCAAUUGGACCCAUAUUAUUUUAAUGGUAUUAGCUUGGUGACCCAUUUUUUAAUUAUGUUUAGCAGCUCAUUUUUUAAGGAUAAUUCCCAUUUUGUUUCUGUUGCCUUGGGAGAUUAGUGCUGCAACGUUAAACAACUUAUUUUCUAUUCUAAAGAUCAGUACUCAUUUUGUAAUUGUUCUCUGUUUAAAGGAUGUUAAAAGUGCAUGGUUUUUAAUAUCGCAAAGGUCUGAUGUGCUUUUUUUUUUUUUUUUUAAAUAAGGGCAUGUAGGCAACAUAUUAAAAUGAAGAUAAGUUACCUGCGCUAUUCCCAAAUCCCUAUAUAUAUUUAAACAAAUGGAGGUUAUUUAGUUACUCCAGCGGCCAUGAAAUGGAAUGCCCGCCUGCCACGUUACAAUGCUUCUGCCCAUCCCAUGUGUUCCCUAUUAAGGGGUGUGUAUAUAUAAAUAUAGCCCUCUCUGUCUCAUUAGAGAUAUCUUUGCCAAAAUCUUAAGGAAGUAAGGUAAAUGGUUAGUGUAGGGACCCACCUAAGAGGUUUGCCUUGAUGUGGCAGGUGGGCAUUCCCUCUAAUGGCCAUUGCAGUAACUAAAUAACCCCUAUUUGUUUAAAUAUACAUAGGGAUUUGGGAAGACGGCAGGUCACUUUUUUUUCCCUUUGGUUUUUAAUGUAUGUUUUGGGGCUGAUGUGUACUAUGGUCGUUGCUGCCGCCCAAGAGUAGUGGGAGUUUGAGCGCAGGACUUGUUUUUAUUUUUUGUAAACAUAUUAAAAUGAGUUUCUUUCAGUACAUAUCUGAAUACUGUUUCUCUUCUUGCAGGACAAAGAAACAAAAACAGGAACCUGUGGAUACUGUGGACUACAGUUUAAACAGAAGCAUCAUCACUAAUAUGUCCAUAAUCUCUUUUGUUUAAUCCCUCUCCAAUAAAUAUAUAUUACUGAACAGAACAGGUCCUCUGGCCUUACUGGUUUGCACAACCGAUGUGUCUUGUUUUGUCAUUUUCAUUUUUUAUUAUUUUUUACAAUAGUAAGC